AUGAUGACGUCAACAUCUCCGUUGGAAUUCACAAAAGUGAUAGUUGCCUCAUUGGACUACACAAAUGAAGGAUUAACACGUGUUAUUCUUAGAAAGGCAUUGACUUCGACGUCGGAAGCUUCUCGAAAAUGGACAACUCGAUAUUUGGCAGUUCUCGCUUCUUCUGAUCUUCCAAUGUUUUCUGAUUGGGGAAUCCAACUCAUGCUUAGACAGUUGGCAGAUGAAUCCUCAAAAGUUGUUCGUCACACAAUCAGAAUUCUGAAUCGAUGGCUCCCGGAGCAUCCUUCUAGAAACCUGAGAAAAGUGGAAUGGUCUGUGUUCGGAGAAGCUGGGGAUCUUCUGAAGGCUCAUGUUUACGCAAUGGAAUCAGAAUGUGCUUCUGAUGAAGAUGAGGUGAAAGAAGUUGUUAGACUUUGGAUGAGUGAUUUCAAUAAGAAAUAUCUGCAAAUCAUAGAUGAAGAGAUGAAAGAAAUGAUGUUUCAUGUGAAGAGAAGUAUUGAUGGAAGUUUCUCGAGAUCAAGUUCAGACCGUCCGGAUACUUCAGUUGGAGUACAUGCCCCAUUACAUUUGUUUGCAGCUCUUGGAGGUCAUGAGACUGGAAGACGUAUUCUGAUUGAUGAGAAUAUAUGUGAAGACUUGCUUUUGGUGUGUAGAAAUGGGAAAUGUUUUGAAGAAAUUAAGUCUAGUCUUCUCGCAAUUUCAAGUAUUGGAAGUACUGAUGGUGGAUUUGAAAUUCUUCCGAUAGAUGCCGUCCCCACGGUUCUGAAAAUCGCAGAAGAGCACACUGUUCUCACAGUUCGUGGAAUCGCAUUCUGGGCUCUUGCCACGUUUUCUCAGUGUGUAGAAGGCGCAAAACGACUGGCGGCAUUUGGAUGGGAAUCGAAUAGAUUCAGAUAUGCCGUAGAUAUUGCAAGAGGAAAGAUCUCAGAGGAUGAGACAAUGGUAUCUACUCCUGCCGCAGGAACAAUUGCCGGAAGUAUCAGCUCAUCGAUGAGACCUGGGAGAAAAAUCACAAUUCAACAUCAUAGACAUUCUUCUUUAUUCGAUAGCCAAGUAAACAUCAAACAAAGUCGUGCGAAAUCCGAGAGUGCGGUCUCGAGAAGAGGAAAUAGCAAAGGGCGACAGAGGAGUCAAUCAGAAGGAGAUAUUCAGGAGAAAUGCCAGAAAAGAGAGUCGAGAGCUGAGUCGUUCUUCAGUCAGAGAUUAUGGAAUAGUGAGAAGUAUCUGUAUAAAAAUAGUGGAACUUCUGACAGUUCGAGUGUUCCAUACCACAAACGAACUGUCACCAAUUCGAGUUCCGGAUACCACAUUCAAGACGAAUUGACCGUGACAGUGUCUCCUGCAGCAAAUCUGAAUCCUGAUGAGACUGUGGCAAAGUCGGCCGCCACGUCAAGAAUGUCUACGGAUAGACGGAGAGCAAAUACCACCAACUCAUUGUUUGACGAGGAAGAGAUUCCAAAGACUCGAUCGUCAACAGUUGCCAGAUGCAUUCGAGAGGGAUUGAAGAUAACAAGUGAUGAAUUGGAAGCAGAAGGCGUCCUGGCUGAUACUAUUAUGGAACCUCAUUUCUCGUGUCGUCUUCGAGAGAAAUAUCAUUUGGCUCCAUUCAGAGUUAGAGCAUGUCUACAGAUCAAUCGACAUGUGGGUGAUCCUGUUAGAUAUGUUUUUAUGACGAAAGAAGAGGAACGUCACUUCGCUGAAUACCGUCGUCAGGUUCUUCAUGACCCGUGGCUUUACAAUGAACUCAGAAAAGAAGACAAUGCAGUGAAGAAGACAAUCAAUGUGGUCCCCCUCCAAACAGUUGCAUUGCCAACGGAAAUUGAAAUUAUGUGUGGAAAUAUUUUCCCCGCAAAACCAAAAGUUGACCCCAUUUUCUCCUUACAUGAGCAAGACGAUUCAGCAGGAGUAGAGGACAGAGGAGCAAGAACUGGACAUGCGAGAAGUGGAAUUCACAUUCAACCCCAUUCUGCUUAUCGGUGUUUUCAUUGUAGCAGUAAUGAGGACUCAGUGAGAGCAUACCCACAUCCGGAUGCUCCAAUGCUUCGAAAAGAGGUUCUGGGUCAAGUGGAUAUGCUGGAAAUUAAGGAGUAUCCAGCGAAAAGACUGAUUGGACUCCGACAACACCACCCAUGGCUUUUCGAAUGGCCGUGUAUGUAUGCAGAUGUUCUGGAACUGCUUGACGAGUAUCGUUUCAAACCACACUCGAGAGCUUUUCUCCAACAAAUUUUCUACGACGCUCUUCAAUUAUAA